AGCGUGUGUCGUAGCCACACAAACUAGUUACACUAUUUCUUCAACAGCUUCGAGUUCGUUCCCUUUCGACGGUGUGCGAGAUGGCCGAUAGGAGCUCACAGACGACAAACUUUGAGGGAAGAUGCUUGGCACUUGGGAUUUCCUUUGUUCUUGGGCUUGGUACCUACUUACCAUGGACCACCAUGGUAACAACUAUAGACUCUUAUGCUAAUCUAUUCCCCCAGUACCAUACAUCAAGAAUCCUUACUUUAAUUUAUCAAUCAAUUACCAUCGGAGUCCUUAGUGUUCUUGUCUACAAAGAGGCAAGCCUCAAUACUAGACUUCGAAACUUGUUUGGAUACAGUCUCUUUGCCUUUUGUUCUCUUGCUGUCCUAGUGUGGCAGUUAGAUUUAUCUACUUUGGGAAGAGGAAGUAUUAGCUCUUUUAUUGGACUAUGCAUCAUCAGUGUGGUGUUUGGUGUAGCGAAUGCACAUGUUCAAGGUGGGAUGAUUGGAGAUUUUUCUAUGAUGGCACCUGAAUUUGUUCAGUCGUUUCUAGCCGGUUUAGCUGCUUCAGGAGCACUAACCUCUGGACUAAGGCUGGUCACAAAAGCAACAUUCAAAAACUCGAGGGAGGACCUUCGCAAGGGAGCUAUGUUGUUGUUUGCAAUAUCCGUCUUUUUUGAGUUCGUUUGCAUCAUUCUAUAUGCUUACAUCUUUCCAAAGCUAGCCAUCGUCAAGUACUACCGUGCACAAGCUAUGGCUCAAGGGUCCAAAACUGUAUUGGCAGACCUAGCAGCUGGAGGCAUACAAGGGUUACCAACGGAAAAGGCGAAGGAGGCCAAGAUGAUAUUGGAUCAACGGUUCAGCAACAAAGUCUUAUUUUUGAUGAACAUGGAUUAUGCUAUCAACUUGUUCUUGGUAUAUCUACUGACAACUAGCAUUUUCCAUGGAUUUCUAUCAAAGGACAUGGGAAAACACAAUUUAGGAGACUGGUUCCUUCUAGUGUUGAUAGCAGUGUUCAACUUCUCGGAUUUGGUUGGGAGAUAUGUUCCCUUGGUAAAGAAGUUGAAGAUAAGGUCACAAAAAGUUCUCAUGAUAAUAUCAUGCGGGCGUUUCUUGUUGGUUCCAGCUCUCUAUUUCACAGCUAAAUAUGGAAACCAAGGCUGGAUAAUUUUCUUGACGUCUGUUUUGGGAUCAAGCAAUGGAUAUUUGACUGUUUGUAUACUAACAACAGCUCCAGAGGGUCACUUGGCACCAGAGCAAAAUGCACUAGGAAACAUAUUGGUGCUAUGUUUGUCUGGAGGGAUGUUUGCGGGAGUCAUCUGUGAUUUGGCUUUGUUUAUUGGUAAAGGAUGGUAAGUGUUGCCUAUCGUUUGAGACAAUGGUUUGGUUUCCUAAUAAUAAAUGUAAGACAUUCAUCUUUUUUUAAUAAAGUUCAUUUGACAUUAUAUUUUGAUAA